UUAGCUCUUUAGGUUAUUCACAGUCUAAUAGGUAUAUUUUCAUAAUGUGGUGUCUGAUUCAACAGACUAUUUGAGAAUCUGGAUUUAGGGCAUCUGGAAAUAUGCAGAACAGGCAAUUUAUUCUCCUUUAAUCUUCUCAAAUGCCAAGUUCAGAGACUCAUAAUAAAAAAAAACUGUAAGUAUCACAUUAAAAAAUAUUUUCUUUCCUAUUUUAGUGAAAUACUUUAUUCUAAUUUGUAAAAUGAAAGAAAAGCCCCAUAGAAGUAGUUCUACGCUGUUUUAAAUGAGUUUUAGCUGUUUAGCUCCAUUCAGCGCGGUGAUGGGGUGUAAUGUGAUAUGGAGGGGGCGGAGCUCUACAUUACCCGAAUGAGGCUGAGCUUCGGGCUCUGCAGUUCUUUCGCAGCGCCUGAGGAGGAAGAGCAGGAUCAGCUGAACUACAGAAGAAUAAACAACCAGGAUAUUUAAUAAAGAACAGUGUUAAACUGCUGAAAGAGGUGAAGCACAAGCCAUCCAGAAGAAUCUCCUGAAAACGCAGAAAUUGUUUGCUACAUUUCACAGACAGAUGGAGCCAAGUCCCAACAUGGAGGAACAUCAGCACUCUGUCAAGAGUUUUACUAAACAGAGUGAUCUCAAAAAACACCAGCGCAUUCACACAGGAGAGAAACCGUAUUACUGCUCAGACUGUGGGAAGAGUUUUACUAAACAGAGUGAUCUCAAAAAACACCAGCGCAUUCACACAGGAGAGAAACCACAUCACUGCUCAGACUGUGGGAAGAGUUUUACUGAACAGAGUAGUCUCAAAAUACACCAGCGCAUUCACACAGGAGAGAAACCGUAUCACUGCUCAGACUGUGGGAAGAGCUUUACUGAACAGAGUAGUCUCAAAAUACACCAGCGCAUUCACACAGGAGAGAAACCGUAUCACUGCUCAGACUGUGGGAAGAGCUUUAAUCAACAGAGUAAUCUCAAAAAACACCAGCGCAUUCACACAGGAGAGAAACCGUAUCACUGUUCAGACUGUGGGAAGAGUUUUACUCAACAGAGUAAUCUCAAACUGCAUCAGCGCAUUCACACAGGAGAGAAACCGUAUCACUGCUCAGACUGUGAUAAGUGUUUUACUACACAGAGUAAUCUCAAACUGCAUCAGCGCAUUCACACAGGAGAGAAACCGUAUUACUGUUUCGACUGUGGAAAGAGUUUUACUAAACAGAGUAAUCUCAAAAAACACCAGCGCAUUCACACAGGAGAGAAACCGUAUUACUGUUUCGACUGUGGAAAGAGUUUUACUCAACAGAGUCAUCUCAAAAUACACCAGCGCAUUCACACAGGAGAGAAACCGUAUUACUGUUUCGACUGUGGAAAGUGUUUUACUACACAGAGUUAUCUCAAACUGCAUCAGCGCAUUCACACAGGAGAGAAACCGUAUCACUGCUCCGAUUGUGGGAAGAGUUUUACUUUACAGAGUGAACUUAUAUUACAUCAGUGCAUUCACAAAAGAUAGAAAAGUAUCCCAAAUCUGUUCCUCUGCCAUAAAAAUGCAAAUCUUAAAUCUUUCAGACAGCCAAAAACACCUCAUCAUGCACAAAAUCUUCACUCUGUUACAAGAACUUCAUUUAAAAAUGGCUUUUUACAGGUUCAGAAAAAUGAAUCUUAUCCAGAGAUGAUGUUUACUGAAUUUCAUGCUGUGUUUUUAUGUAUGUUUGUAUACCUACAUUAGUUAAUGCCUGCAGAGCUCUUCAACACUUAGUGUUGUGUUUUAAGAAGUUUUUACACACAGAAUCAUAAAUGGUACCACUAACAGCAUAAACUAGGAACAUACAUUUUUACAUUUUUUUCAGUGAUAUGCUGAAUAAAUAGUAAAGCGAUGAUGCUAGCUCAGAGUAAAAUCGUAUAUUAAAUCUCAGCAUUAGCUUUAGAACUAAUAAUAAACAAAAGUGAGGAUUUUAUCAUUCUGGGACAUUUUUAGGUUUAAAAAUUGAAUAUGCUUUGCCAUAAGUAGGAAAUGAUCAUUUGGUCAACUUAUGUCAUUUACAGCCUUAACACAUUCUCAAUUGUUUACAUAUAAAAACUUUCUUUAUUUUUUCCUCCACUCCACGUUUGUAGUUUGUAGUUGGAGCGAGGGCACUGCCAGUGUUUGCUCCAGAUGUUAGAUUAGCAUUACUUAGUCUUUUAAAAUGUAGAUGUCGUAGUUUAAAGGAGUAGAGUAUUCUUAGGAGUAGAGAAUAUUCUUAGCUUGCAACAAAAGGCCAACAAAAUCCUUUUCAGAGUUAAAAAAAAAAAAAAAAAACGGUCUAGCUGUAGUUUCCAUACUGAAAGCAACACUCAGCAGGCUGUGCAGCAGUAAGACUGCAGGAUCCUUGAUUCCCUCUACUGCACAUGUGGCAAACACAAGGCCCGCGGGCCAAAUGUGGCCACAUCCAAGCGAGAGCUUGUAAGAUCUUAGUGUCUAUAAUAAAUAGGUCAGAAGCGUUCUUUGACCAAAAACUACAUUUCCCACAAUGCUUGUCGAUUGUAUUACCCGUGAAGUUACGGCUUACUGCCACUACACGGCAGUGUAGUCAUUGAUGUGGAAACCCUGCCGGAGGGAAGGCGUAACUUCGCGGGUGGAAUUGAGACAUACAAACGUUUAUCCCAUAAUGUCCAGAUAAAGAGAAGCUGAUGCAGACGGACGGCUGUGCUUCAAGGCGAAAGACCGGUAUGCCUUUUAUGUUACGAAGAGUGUUACUGACCAAAAUAAACGCUUUUUAGAAGAGAUAUAAGUUGUGUAAAUAUUUAUACGACAAUAUAAAUAUUAAUAUUAAUAAACAUCACUGUGACAGCGCUAGUCACAGUUUCACCUCAGCAAAGGACGAGGACGUGAAUCACUUAUCUAACCAGCCUUUACUGAUUUCUGCCCCCAAUAACCCUUUCAAUAACCUCUAAUAGACUUUAGUAGUCUUCAGUAGCCUUCAACAGUCUAACCUUGCAGCCGUGGUGUGUUCACUAAACUCCGUAGUUAUAAACAUCCUGAGGUUAGCAGCGCGCUAACUGACCUGUUUAUAAUGUAAUCCGAGCAGUGACUCCGUGAUGGCUGCUCUAAACUGCUGCUGUUAGCUGCUUGGGCUGAAAGAUGAACUGUAGAGAGCUGUAUUAUCUGUUUAGUGGGGUUAUUUUAUUUCAUACACGGAAGAACUUAAAAAUUUUAAAACGCUCCAGACUGGCUGAGCUGAGCCCUGUAGCCCGUGGCUGGGCUGUAGCUCUGACUGAGUAAAGACUGCGGGCUUGUGCUGCUGCUGCUGCAGCUCCGACUAGUGGUUGUAUGAGGAACUGCUAAAUCUGAGGAAAUGCUAAAUCUAUCACAUGUUCUUAACAGCUCACAAUUUUUAAUUUUAUAUUUAUUAAGCCUUAUUUCAGUAUCAAACGUUUUGAUCAAAGUUAAUGUAACUAGUAUUUUAUGUCAUUUCUAUUCACUUGAAUAGUUUGGUUCUUGAUUGAUGGAGUUUUUGGAUUUCAUAACAUGACAAAUUAAAAGGAUUUAUGUUAAUAGAGCAACAAGCAAACAUUUUUUCCAUGCAACUGUACUAUUUGAUUGAAUAAAUAGUAUAUUGAGAGUUAUUUAACAUUAAGGAGUAAUUACAUUCAUUUUAUAUUACAUUUGGUUACAUUUUAUUACAUUUAUAAGUUACAUCUGGCCCUCAGUGGACAGCCAAUAUGCCAAUGUGGCCCUCGGCCAAAAUGAGUUUGACACCCCUGCUCUACUGGUUUUCUCAUUGGUCUAUGGUUCAGUCAGUCUGAUUAAAAAUCUGCAAGUUAAUCUACAGGGAUAUUUGGUUGUGUUGUGUUGCUAAAGUUAUAUACUCUGUUAUCUUUUCCUUAUUUGGUAUCGUUUUGCUAAAGGGUUUUUUUUUAUAUCUCUAAAGGUACUAAAAAUAUCUAAUCCAUUUACUUUAUUGAUUGUUUUAUCCAGUACCAGCUAUUAUCGUUGUUUUACAUCACCUUAUGUAUUUACUCAUAUUCAUAUCUAUGUGAUUCAAUAAAAGGCUUUUAUAUUGCAAGAUCUGCAAUCUUAUCUAUUCUUUCAACUUAAGCAUUUAGCCAAAAGCUUUUGUACACAGCCAAACAUACAUUCAAGCAACCACUAUAUACAGUGCCUUGCAAAAGUAUUCGGCCCCCCCUUGAACUUUUCAAACUUUUGCCACAUUUUGGGCUUCAAACAUAAAUAUAUGAUUUUUUUGUUUGUUUUUUGUGAAGAAUUAACAAGUGUGUAAGAAUACGGAGGAGUUUUGCCUUACUAUGUUCAUUGUUCAUUGAUUAAAGGGUUAAUCUGUGUGUAACUAAAUCAGCAUUUCACUUAAUCAGUAUGUUAUUCAAGCAUUUAGCACGAUUCAUGAUGAUUCACAUUGUGACUUAGCAUGAUUGAUUUUUUCCAGCGGAACCAUGAGUUUCUGUACAUGAAAUCUAUAGUCUGAUAAGGUUGGGGUGACCGAGUUCUCGGCUGACAUAUAGGAUGAAUAACUGCUUAUCAGUAUCAGGAUCCGGGGGGUGUGAGGAGUCUCCUCACACACUAUUAGACUGAGGCCAGGCGAAUGCCUGUAUUUAUUAGACUCUGUCUAGGAAGAAGAGUAGAGUUGGGCGGGAGAGCUUCUCCAGAGAGGGACUACAGAGCCACAGGUCCUGUUCACACAGCCGAGAACUCUGGAAACCCCAACUUUUCUCACCUUUGGGGUUUUCCUCUUAUUUUCACCUUUUUAUUUCAAUUCAAUUUUUCAAUAAUCUUUUUACUCAAUUUUUGAUGUAUCCAAAAAAACUGUUUUGCUCAGAAGAUUCUUUGAAUAAAAUCUGACGGAACUACAA